CUUUGACGCAGCGUGGCCUGCUGUUGCCGGUGCAGACGGACUCAUGUAGACCACAAGUGUCAUCAGGCACACGGUGAUGAUAUCGUUAUUAUUUUUACCAAGUAUACUUUUCUGCUAUUUAAUCCCCUAUAUUUAUCCUUGCUGCGAAAAUGACGUUCAACCCAGGCUACGGUAAGGUGCUAGCCGCAUCCGAUGGAGCCCUCUUCUUCUCAGUCUCAAACAUCGGUCAAUCCGAUGCGCCAUUUCCUUAUGUUGAGGCCCCAGUUGAUGGAUUCUGACAUGGACUAUGAGAGGCCAAAUGUUGAGACUAUCAAGUGUGUGGUGGUAGGGGACAACGCUGUUGGGAAGACCCGCCUUAUCUGUGCCCGGGCCUGUAAUGCCACACUCACUCAGUACCAAUUGCUUGCUACACAUGUACCCACUGUCUGGGCCAUAGACCAGUACAGAGUUUGCCAGGAGGUUCUGGAGCGAUCUAGGGAUGUGGUGGAUGACGUCAGUGUGUCGCUGCGGCUCUGGGACACGUUUGGGGACCAUCACAAGGACCGGCGCUUUGCAUAUGGAAGGUCGGAUGUGGUGGUUCUGUGUUUCUCCAUCGCAAACCCCAACUCCCUGUACCAUGUGAAGACCAUGUGGUACCCUGAGAUCAAGCACUUCUGCCCCCGGGCUCCAGUCAUCCUGGUGGGCUGCCAGCUGGACCUGCGCUACGCUGACCUGGAAGCAGUCAACAGGGCACGACGGCCACUAGCAAGACCCAUUAAAUACAAUGAGAUUCUGCCUCCAGAGAGGGGCCGUGAGGUGGCCAAAGAGCUGGGAGUGCCAUACUAUGAGACCAGUGUUGUGGCUCAGUUUGGAGUAAAGGACGUAUUUGAUAACGCCAUCCGGGCCGCCCUAAUCUCACGCCGCCACCUGCAGUUCUGGAAGUCUCACCUGCGCAACGUGCAGCGGUCCCUCCUCCAGGCCCCCUUCCUGCCUCCCAAACCUCCACCACCCAUCAUCACUGUGCCACCUCCCCCCACCACCACUGAGGAGCAUCCUGGCCGUCUUCUAGAGGACCCCCUGUGUUCCGAUGUCAUCCUGGUCCUACAGGAGAAGCAGAGAAUCUUCGCCCACAAGAUCUACUUGGCCACGUCCUCCUCCAAGUUCUAUGACCUCUUCAUCCUGGAUGCCCGGUCUGAGGAGGCUGAGCGGCCCCCGCGCACCACUGCUCUGUCUGGCCGCGAGAUGCUGAUGCGUGCUGCCAGCUUCGAUGUGUGUGAGAGCCCUGACGAGGGCGACAGGGCCAACCUGCGGGCCUGCACCAGUGACGGCACCCUGAGGGACUCUGAGGGGGGCCGGAGGGGCAGACUGCUGUCUACCUGGAGCAGGGCUUUUGUCAGCAUCCAGGAGGAGCUGGUGGAUGACCCAGUGACCUACAGCCCCAGGCCUAUGACCGUGGUGCACAUGGACCAGUCCAUGCAGCUGGGGCCCUUCCGCGCUGUGCUGCGCUACCUGUACACAGGCCAGAUGGAUGAGCACGAGAAGGAGCUGAUGCACAUCGCACACAUUGCUGAGCUGCUGGAGGUCUUUGACCUGCGCAUGAUGGUGGCCAACGUCCUUAACAACGAGGCCUUCAUGAACCAGGAAAUCACCAAAGCCUUUCAUGUACGGCGCACCAACAGAGUCAAAGAGUGCCUGGCCAAAGGCACCUUCUCUGAUGUAGUGUUCAAGCUGGAUGAUGGAACGAUCAUGGCCCAUAAGCCCCUGCUCAUCUCCAGCUGUGACUGGAUGGCAGCUAUGUUUGGGGGGCCCUUUGUGGAGAGCUGCACCAAAGAAGUGCUGUUUCCUAACACUACUCGCAGCUGUAUGAGGGCUGUGCUGGAGUACCUGUACACUGGGCGCUUCUGUUCCCGCACUGACCUGGAUGCCAUGGAGCUCAUUGUUCUUGCCAACCGUCUUUGCCUCCCACACCUAGUUGCACUAACAGAACUCUAUACAGUGACAGUCCUGAUGGAGGCUGCUAUGAUGGGGGCUGAUAUUGAUGGAGAUGUGCUGUUAUACCUGGAGAUGGCUCAGUUCCAUUGUGCCCAACAGCUAACUGGCUGGUGCCUUCACCACAUCUGCACCAACUAUAAUAGUGUGUGCCGCAAGUUUCCUCGAGACAUGAAGGCCACGUCUACAGACAACCAGGACUACUUUGAGAAGCACCGCUGGCCACCAGUGUGGUUCCUGAAGGAGGACGACCACUACCAGAGAGCAAGGAAGGAGCGGGACAAGGAGGACUACCUGUACCAGAGGAGGCAGUGUAAACGCAAGUGGCUCUUCUGGAACUUUCCCUCUUCUCCCUCUGCCAACUCCACCUCUUCUGGUUCCAAUGCUGUCAUCUGAUUGGCACUUAGGGUACAGACAAGGCCCUCUGUAGGGAUCACUUGGGAAAGUGGAGAAUCGGCACUGUCGGCCAGACUCUAGGGCUACUCAUUCGGGCCCUCCCUCCCUCAUUUCUGUUUUGCAUCUGCAGCCAAGCUACACACCCCCAGGUUUGCAGGGUCAGCUAAAUCGGGUAAUGAACGAAAUGAGUCUCUUGCUUUUUGUGUUAGCAUAUCCAUGCAAAGACAAUGAAGCUCAAACCUUAAAGAUCAAUGACUUAAACCUUAUGAACAAGACAAGGUAGAUGUUGGUGCUGGUGACUGCUCAAUAUGUUGUUGAUAUUCCUGCAUACACCACCAGGGGGAGAACUGAGAAAGUUAUGAGGGGGCUUUGCUUAAAGGGAUAGAACUGUGAUCCUAAGCUCAUGAUAACCAUUGACUGACUUGAAUUGACAACCAAGUGCUUAUCAGCUGCAACAGACAUAGCAAAGACCAAUGACCAGCAAACCAACACAGAAAUCAAGUCUCAGUGAUAGAACACUUUCUUGCCCUUAAGUGUUUGCACAAUCUACCAAACCAGGAUGUGUACAGUACAAUUAUAACCACUCAACCAGAAAUAUCAACAAAAUGCAUUAGGUCUGCAUCAAGAUUAAUCUAUUCAUGUCAUAUAGGACAUCCCCUUAGAUCAUCUGCCUACUGGAAACCUCUUUAAAUCUGUACAGAAUUACAAUUUAAAUGAAGAUAGCGGAGAUUUGACUCCUGUCCUCUUUUGUACAGUUAUUGUAUAUUGAAUUUUUCUGUACAACUUGCACAGCUGACGUUGAUGUGAGUCUAUACACGACCCCUGUGUUCUUGUGACGUAUGGCUUUCUUUUACACGGCCACAUUCGUCUUUUGACAAGAUGCAAGAGAGCCUGAAUCACAGAGUAUUGUUCAGGAUUUGCUUUUGAAACGCCAACAAACACAAACAAAGCUUACCACUAUGUGUUGCAACAAUGGAAUAGCUUUGCACUACCAAGUUUCCUUCUCCUUAAAAUCUGCAAUUGUACCUUAUCAGGACAGUCUGAUAUAUUUAUCCACGUAUCUUGAAUCCCACAGCUUUAUGGUGAAUGCCACUAUCAACCAGACCAUUGUCAUUCACAUUAUAGCAAUGGAUCUGGUGCAUUUCAGAAACCAAUAGGCCAACUCUUGGACUUGGAGAAUCCACAUGUACAGCAGUUCCCCUCUUGGACGGUGGCGUCUUCGGCUUGUCUGUCUGUAAUGGGAAUGACCUUGCCUUUUAGAAGUUUGACAUUAUGCUUAUAGGGUAUCCCUGUGAUUGCAUGUCAUUGGUUGUUUCAGACGUACACAUACAGGAGACUGUCUCGUGUCUGGGUCUCGUCAUUCAUCUAUAAAUUCCUCCUCACACUCUGCUAUUGGACUCUUCUCAAGAGAGGUGAGAGCGCCACCUGUAUGUAUCAGCAUGCUGAUGAGAAGAGCACCGAGGCCACUACAGUACUGGACUCACAGGUGUCUGACAUAAGUUUCAAACUAUCUAAAUGGGCUUGUAGAGAUGAUCAUAGGAUGAGAAAAAUAACAGCACUACAAGACAAGUUGAUAGGAAGAUUAAUUGAAAUCCUUAGUGUACACUGAAGAGAUAUCUGAAGAGGAUGUUUAUCUCCCUGUUGUCAUUUCACCAAAGACAACCCACAGUAUUGUUUGGAUUUAUAAGCAUGGUGCUCAUUCAUUAUUGUGAGUAUUUACAGUAGGUGUAUAUCAAAAGUGGAUUACCGAUUUCUAGCAACACAUUACAUGAAGUUGUCCCCAUUGCAGUGCCCUGGAAUUACUAUGAAAUGCCGGUGGUGGCCAGAAAUAAUAACAAAACUUGUUUUGUGCUAUUUGGGCAAUUUGUUGUAAGGUGUGAUAGUCUACUAGAUUUUUGCUUGUUUUAUGGAUAGUUAUUUUCAAAUUUCUCCAAUGCUUGUGCUGACCUCUGGUUACAUGCACGGUAUGCAGGCAAACUGCUUUGAGAUCAAAAGAAGUGGCACUACAGCUUGAGAAUUAAAAUAUGACCUGGAGCACCCUCCCAGUCAAUAUACAGUAUUGUCAAGAAUUUACUUGUUUUAUAUAUAUAUAUAUAUAUAUAUAUAUAUAUAAUAAUAGAUUGUAGACAGUUUUUUGUAAGAUAAUGUAGGAUACUUGUAGGAUAUUGUUCUCCUUCAUGCACUUAGAAAUUAUAGCCUACAUCCCUUAUGACAUCCCUAAAAUGAGCUUUACAGUCAUUUAAAUGCCAUGAAUACACUUACCAAUCUAACACGAUAACUCAAAAUGUUGUUUAAAUGCUCAAUUAUACAAAUAGACUGCAUGUACAAGGCUGAUAUAGAUUUUUAAUCUGUAAUUUAAGGUAUUGAUUAUGGCAGUACAGGAUCACAAGGCAGUAGCUUUACAUUUUUAGAUUAAAGUUUGUAUGUGAUUUGUUGCUAUAAUCUAAUUGAAAAGGGCAGGAUUGAUAUAUUUAUCUCGUAAAAUGAUAAAUCACUUGGCAUACCAUCCCAACUCAUAAUCACUUGGAUCAUCCUGUAUUGCACUGAACAUCAGAGUACGUAGGCUUGAUUUAGUGGUCAAUGUUCUGUUUUUGCCAAAUAGUGAAAUUAUUCAUUGUGUUGGAAUUGUUACACUGUAAAAUGGUUUUGUUGUGUUUUGUCAAAUUGUUGAACUUCCUCUAUUUUCAGAAUGGUAAAUGUUGCAUCAAUUAACCACUGUCUCACUUUGAGAUAUUGUAUUGAUCAAAUGUACCCUUAGACUAUUUAUGUUUUGAUUCAGUUCCUUUUUUUCAGUUUCAUCCAUUCCACUUGACAAUCCGCAUUUACAUGCUGUGGUUGAAAUGCAUUUGAGUUGAUAUCUCAAUGAACCCUCAUCUUCUGAUGCACUGCAUCGAAGAAGACACCUCAUGCCUUAAUGUAUAGUGUGUGAGAGACAUUGAAUGUAGAUAUUGUUACUGUGGUCACUAGUUUGUGUGUACUAAAGAUGUGUCAAUGUACCAUGGUACUGAAGGCUUUGUUUAUGUGUAAGUGUACAUAUCUGAGUGUGGCAUUACUGUGUGUACACUUGAGAGCAUCGUGAGCCUGUGCUUUUGUUAGUUUAGACAGUGUUUUGGUUAAAAAUGUUCAUGCUCUGAACGGAAUGUUUAGUAGUAAACAACUUUUCACCACUAUAAGAUCACACCAAUUGACUAACACAAUGACAAGCCCACUCUAGAAAACACAUUAAUCAAUUACAAAAGUCAGCACAUCCCCAUCAAAUUAAUGCAGAGAAUACCAAUUCUAAAUUUUCUGAUCAUGAACCUCACUAUGGAGAAAUAUCAGUAUUAUCAUUACAAUGGAUGGCAUUGACUUGGUGUGGGAAUUAAAAGUUGGAUUAUAAAUCAAAAACAUAGAUAAUGGCCAAUUGUUUUACAACUGCCUGUUAUAAUGUGGCCGAGAAAAUAAACAAGCUUUUAGCUGUACAUAUUUCAGCAUAGAUACUAGCUGAUUUUGUGCACUAUGCAGGACAUAGGCAUACCAGUGUCAUUUAAACCAUAAAUGCACAUUGCAUUAUGUAGACUGAGAGCCUUAGCUUCGAUUUUCAUUGAAUUGUAUAAGGGGGUAUAACAUGUACACAGCUCAUAUUCGUAGAUGAGUAGGAAACUUCAGGUGUUAAAAACUGCAAAUAUAUUAUGACUAGAUAAAAAUAAAAGUUAUAACUCAGAACUUUUAAAGCCCUUUUCCAUGUGUUUAGGUGUUAAAUCACUGCUGCUUAGAAGCACAAAUCAAAGGGAGCUUGUAGCAGUACCAGGACAAGAAUCUGCUGCACAAUCAGUUGCGUAGUUAUAAAGAACUUGUAUUGAAAUGGCUGAAUUCAAAACUUGAAUCUUUUCUCAGUGUUUAUAGCCUGGUCUGACAUUUUUGCUCGUCAACAGGUAUUUAUUUUUGUUGUUCUGGAGAGUUACAGAUGUUUGUAUUGUUUGUUAGGAGCUGUAGAUCUUGAGUUCUGUAGCAUGUAUUCUUGAAAUGUGUAAAUAGUGUUUAUGUAAUAAAUAUAAAGUAGCAGCCUCCACACGGA